UGUACAUGAAGAAGCUUUGCUAUAUAUCGCCAGACUUAUUUUUGAUAUGUUUACGAUUUUUAAAAUUCGCUGUUAUAAUAUGAAGUGUGAUUGGUUAGAAAUCUCAAAUGGCUGACGAGUGGAAGCGUUCGUGAUUAGUUGUUCAAUUGGAUACGUAAGAACACAGCUUAUGUUUUUACAUCAUGGCAUAUCCUAAAGGGCGAAAAAAAUAUUUUGGCCCUUGAGUUUCCGUAAGGCUGCCAUUUUUUAGUAAUCUCUCCUCGGUGAUAUUAUUGUUAGGUUCCGUUCUUACCUACAGUGUCGGUUCUUGUCUAUGAUACGAUUGAACCGUUUCGAAAUCAGUCCAUUUGGUGCAGCACUUUCGAUUAAGUAACGACGAAGAAAUCCCGGUGGCGAACACUCUAAUUUUCUCUCAGUUGUGAUUAAAAAAUAGAGGAACUCGGUAAAGUGUUGACCAGUUGAUCGUUCGUUUGGUGCACGAUGCCUCUCCAUCGUUAUACGCAUGCAGUUCUAUGCAGAAUCCCGCUUUCGCUACGUACGAGAGGCGAGGUCACGUUGAACGAAGCCAGGACUCAACAUUUGGCGCUUGCUCAACUUUUGCGAGAGCUCGACAUCGACGUUGUCGAACUGCCGCUCGACGAAAAUUCGCCGCUAUGCGCCUUCGUCGAAGACAUCGCGGUUGUCUGCAAUGGGAUCGCACUUAUAGCACGACCGAGCGAACCGUCCCGCUUAAAAGAGAGAAAUAUUAAACUCUUCGGUGGAGAACGAUAUAGUAUUUGGAAAUUGAGAGUGUGUGCUAUAAUGAGUGAACAUGACGUAAUUGAAGUGAUUUAUGAAGACGCUCCGGAUAUGUUAACUGCUGAAUGGAUCAAAGCUGAAAGGAUUGCAAAAAACGUAAUAGUAGAAUAUUUAUCUGAUUCAUUUCUCGGAUUCGCAAAACCAGGAAGCACAGCAAAAAACAUUUUAAAGAGUUUAGACAAAAAUGAGCAAAAGAAUUUAUUGGCAGCAGGAGCUAAAUUGGAAGAGACAGACAAAGUAUCGCAUUUAGUUCUAACAUUGCCUACAAUGCGUGGCUCUUGUUUGACAUGCUUGCUCUAUUUAAUCAGUUUGCCAUUACUCUUUUAUGAAGGACGUGAGUUCUUUGUUGGAUUAUCUCAUUAUACGAACGAAGCAGGUGCGAAAGCAGUAGCAGCAGCAUUCCCAGAAUACCCGUGUGCACCUAUUAAGGUGGGUGAUGGUGGUGAAGAGGUGAUAGUGGAGAGUCUUACCUCAGCCCCAAUUCAGGUUUGGGUGUCUUAGACCGACUCUCUUUUCCAUAUAUUAUAAUUAUUGAAAAAAAAAAAAAAGAUUU